CCAUUCCCUUCUCCUCCCCAGCCACCGACGCAAGGCCCAAAACCCCAACCCUAGCGAGGAUUCCAAGGGGCAGCGGCGGCGACCGGAGGGGAGAUGGUGUUCUACGCGUUGCUCGUGGGGGCGGAGCUCGACGGCCUCACCAACCUGCAGCCCGCCGGCGGCUGCGACGACCCCACCUACCCUUACUACUUCAAGCUGCGUUGCGAGGGCUGCAAGGAAACCAGCACCAAGGCCACCUGCGUAUCCCUCGACGAGGUCGUCGAACUGCCCAACGGCAAGGGCACCGCCAAUCUCGUCCAGAAGUGCAAGUUUUGUCCAAGAGAGGGAUCAAUUGUGAUGAUUCCUGGGCAGGGAACCCCACUGACUUCCGAGCUGAGCCAGAAAGGAGAGAUGGCUUGUCUGAUGGUCUUUGAAUGCAGAGGCUAUGAACCUAUUGAGUUUGCUUUUGGUAAUGGCUGGAAAGCUGAAUCUGUACAUGGGACAAAAUUCGACAUUGAUCUUUCUGAAGGAGAGUUUGAUGAGUACGACGAGAGCGGAGGGUGCCCCGUCUCUCUAUCCAAGCUGCAGUCAACAUUCAAAGUGGUGAAGAAGCAGGGAUUUCAUGGGAAGACCAGAUAUGUCUAGAUCCAGCAUCUCUUGGGGUCCUCAUAAUUUGGAGCUCGAGAUGUAUAAAGCGUAUCUACAAAAACGAAACUCGGUCUUGAUCUUGUAGUUGAACUAAGUUUGUGCCCGUACCUGACAUCUUUCUAUUGAUUCAGUGGGUUUCCCGUGAAUUUGGUUAAGCUUGCACCUGUUAGGAACCAUCGAAUAUUCUGCCUGUCAGUGGUAUUAAAACAUGGAUCUUCUGCGGCUCUAUGAUUGAUCAUAAAAUUUGUGGCUGAAGUUUCUCGUCUUA